AUGCCAGGACCAAGCAUAAACCCAGCAGGCAGCCAGUUCAUGGCAAAUCUUUCAGAUGAGGACCACCAGCUGUUGGAGAAGACUAUCCAAAAAUAUGGGGACACUGUGGCUACCUCUAAUGAUCUGGAGGAAAGAGGUCGAGGGCAGAAAAGGAUCAGAACCGCUGAAAUCCUGAUCCUUCCACCAUCCGAGUCCCCACAAAAGCAGUCUGAGGAGCUGGGGAGAAUUUCUACGGUCGGACUUUACCUGAACCCCUGCUUGCCUACAGAGAGCCCCGAGCCUGCACACAUGUCUCCAGUGUCUCCAGCAUCUUCAGUGGCCUCGACGUCCACAGAGGUUCCCAGGUCCACCGACGCCUCGACGUCCAUAGAGGUUCCCAGGUCCGCCGACACCUCGAUGUCCACAGAGGUUCCCAGUGGUCUCUACGCCGCCUGCGGCCCCAGUGGUCUCUACGCCUCCUGUGGCCCCAGUGGUCUCUACGCCUCCUGCGGCCCCAGUGGUCUCUACGCCUCCUGCAGGCCCAGUGGUCUCUACGCCUCCUGCGGCCUCAGUGGUCUCUUCGUCUCCUGCGGCACCAGUGGUCUCUUCAUCUCCUACGGCACCAGUUUUCUCUUCGCCUUGCCUCGGUUCAUCGUCUUGUCCAGGCGCAUCGCCUUGGCCCUUCGCAUCACCUUGUCCAGGCACCUCGCCAUGGCCCUUCACAUUGCCUUGGCCCCUCACCUCGCCUCAUCCAGGCACCUCACCAUGGCCCUUCGCAUCGCCUUGGCCCCUCGCCUCGCCUUGUCCAGGCACCUUGCCAUGGCCCCUCACCUCGCCUUGUGCAGGCUCCUCGCCGUGGCUCCUCGCCUCGCCAUGGCCCCACGCCUCGCCUUGGCCCCACGCUUCGCCUCGGCCCCAAGCCUCGCCUUGGCCCCAAGCCUCGCCUUGGCCCCAAGCCUCACCUUGGCCCCACGCCUUGCCUUGGCCCCAUGCCUCGCCUGGGCCCUUUGCCUCACCUUGGCCCUUCGCUUGAACUGCUCCAGCAAGAUGGACGGCUGGAGUUUCAGCAUGGGGUCAGCCUACCAGUUCCACAGCUGGAGAGUGUUUGUGGUGGUGUGUGCGCUGCCAUGUGUGUCUGCAGUUGUAGCUCUCACCUUUAUGCCUGAGAGCCCUCGCUUCUACCUGGAGACAGGCAAACACGAUGAGGCCUGGAUGGUGCUCAAACACAUCCAUGACACCAACAUGCGAGCCCGAGGAGAGCCUGAGAGAGUCUUCACUGUGAACAGGAUCAAAGUCCCACGGCAGCUGGACGAGCUGGUUGAGAUGCAUAAUGAGUCAGCGAACCCUGUCCUCAAAGUCCUCUUCAAGUUCAAAGCUGAGCUCAGAGGAAUCUGGUUGACUUUUCUGCGAUGUUUUAACUAUCCAGUGAAAGAAAACACUGUGAAACUGGCUGCAGUCUGGUUCACUUUGUCAUUUGGGUAUUACGGACUAUCAGUGUGGUUCCCAGAUGUCAUCAAGCACCUUCAAGCUGAUGAAUACGCCUCCAGAGUGAAAAUUCACAACAACGAGCGCAUCGAAGACUUCACCUUUAAUUUCACACUGGAAAACCAGAUCCACAGAAACGGAGUAUUUAUGAAUGACAGGUUUAUCAGCAUGAAGUUCAAGGCGGUCACAUUCAUUGACUCAUCCUUUGUCAAUUGCUAUUUUGAAGAUGUUUCUUCAGUCGGAUCCUUCUUCAAAAACUGCACCUUUGUGGACUCGUUUUUUUACAACACAGAUAUCGAUGACAAGAAGUUAAAAACUUCAAAGGUGAUCAACAGCUCUUUCCACCACAACAAGACAGGCUGUCAGAUGACAUUUGAUGAUGAUUACAGCGCCUACUGGGUCUAUUUUGUUAAUUUCCUGGGAACGCUGGCUGUGCUGCCUGGAAAUAUCGUCUCUGCUCUCCUCAUGGACAAAAUAGGACGCCUCAGCAUGCUAGGAGGCUCUAUGGUCCUAUCAGGCAUCAGCUGCUUUUUUCUUUGGUUUGGCACCAGUGAGUCCAUGAUGAUCUUCAUGCUCUGUCUCUACAACGGCCUGAGUAUCUCUGCAUGGAACUCCCUGGACGUAGUCACCACUGAGCUGUACCCGACUGACAGGAGGGGCACUGGCUUUGGAUUCUGUAAUGCCAUUUGUAAGCUGGCAGCUGUGUUGGGCAACCUAAUUUUUGGCUCCCUAGUGGGCAUCACCAAGGCUAUUCCCAUUUUGCUGGCAUCGGCUGUACUGGUUGGCGGUGGACUGGUGGGGCUUCGGCUACCUGACACUCGUGCCAAUGUCCUCAUGUAA